UAGCCGAGCGCGCGGAAGUGGUGGAGGGAGCUGGACGCGGCCUCGGUCGGCGGACGCGGACGCCCGGGUCCGUGGUGGGCCGGGCAGCUGUUGGAGCCCGCAGCGAGCCGGGAGAGCGGUGUCCUCGGAGCCCGGGGGUGGCGAUGGCGUCCCCGCCGCGCGGCGCGCUCCGGGGCUGGGGCCCGGCGCUGGGCUGGGGGCUGGCGCUGUGCUGCCUGUGUGGCGCGGGCCCGUUGUGGGGCGGCCACCACGAGUGGAGAAAGCUCAUUUUGACUCAGCAUUGGCCUCCCACGGUGUGCAAGGAAGUUAGCGGCUGUCGAGACUCUCUGGAUUACUGGACGAUUCAUGGACUAUGGCCUGAUAAAGGGGAAGACUGUAAUCGAUCAUGGCACUUUAAUUUGGAUGAAAUUAAGGAUCUUUUGCGGGACAUGAAGACGUACUGGCCUGAUGUAAUUCAUCCAUCUUCUAACCGCAGCCAGUUCUGGAAGCACGAGUGGGAUAAGCAUGGCACCUGUGCCGCCCAGGUGGAUGCCCUCAACUCUGAGAAGAAGUACUUCGGGAAGAGCCUAGAUCUGUACAAACAGGUGGACCUCAACAGUGUACUCCUAAAAUUUGGAAUUAAGCCAUCUAUCAAUUACUAUAAUAUUUCAGAUUUUAAAGAUGCCCUUACCAGAUUCUAUGGCGUGGUACCUAAAAUCCAGUGCCUCCUGCCAGAAAAGGGGGAGCAGGUGCAAACCAUUGGACAGAUAGAGUUGUGCUUCACCAAGGAGGACUUGCACUUGCGGAACUGCACUGAGCCCGGGGGACGGCCGUCCGCGGAGAGGGACACGUGGCGGUCGGAGCGGGCUGCGACUCAGGAGAUGAUGGUGUGUGAAGACGGCCCCAUCUUCUACCCGCCCCCCACCAGGACCCGGCAGUGACGCCCACACUUUGAAAUCCCCUGUUUCACAAAGGAAGAGAAAGUCACAAGUCACUGCUUUCUAAAAAAAAUGACUCUC